ACCAGAGGCGGUGGCGGCGGGGAAGGAGCCAUGAGGCCCCGACCCGGAGGUUUCGUGGAUAAUAAGCUGAAGCACCGUGUCAUCCAGUACCUCUCCAGUAACAGAUGUGGCAAGUAUGUGGACACUGGCGUCUUAGCAUCUGAUUUACAAAGAAUGUACAGCAUAGACUAUGGCCGGAGAAAAAGAAAUGCUUUUAGGAUUCAGGUUGAAAAAGUAUUUAACAUAAUCAGCAAUGAGAAGGAAAUUAAGAAUCUUACUGAAUUAGAAGAUGAACAUCUGGCAAAAAGAGCAAGAACAGGGGAAGAGGAUAAUGAGUACACUGAGAGCUAUUCUGACGAUGAUUCAGAUAUGGAAGAUCUUCCAAAUCAACAGUCAGCAAAUCUUAUGAACAGUUCCUUGCUUUCCUUGUAUCGGAAAGGAAAUUCCGAUCCAUUGUCAAGUACUCCUGAAACAGAGCAACAAGAAAGUACUACUUCAAGGCUGCCUUCCAGAGCAAGCUCGGUGGGCGCAGCAUGCUCUGUUCUUUCGAAGACCCCCACCAGAGAUUCUGAAGGAGGAUGGUUUAUUGACACAACUCCGGGGGGAAAGACAGAUAAUUUUUUCUCAGACUUAACAGAUGAAAAAAUUAAUCAGAAGAAAUCAGUAUCUAAGAUAGAGGAUUCAAAAGUUUCUUUCCUGGAGAGUAAUAAAAAAGGGAAGAGUAGGCUAACAAGGAAAAGCAGCAAAAGGAAGGUGGAGCUUCAGGAGAUAGAUGGAGACAUAGAAGCUGCUCUGCAGAAGAAAGCCACAGCCAGUGGGCUAGAAUUGCAGAUUUCCAACGUGAAGUUUGAAGAUAUUGGAGGCAAUGAUAAGACCUUAAAAGAAGUAUGCAAGAUGCUCAUUCACAUGCGUCACCCGGAAGUGUACCACCACCUGGGCGUUGUGCCCCCUCGUGGAGUUCUCCUGCAUGGACCGCCAGGCUGUGGGAAGACGUUGCUUGCACAUGCAAUUGCAGGGGAACUUGAGCUGCCGAUUUUGAAAGUCGCUGCUACGGAGAUUGUAUCCGGUGUAUCUGGAGAGUCGGAACAGAAGCUGAGGGAAUUGUUUGAGCAAGCUGUGUCCAAUGCACCCUGCAUCUUUUUUAUUGAUGAAAUUGAUGCUAUUACCCCCAAAAGAGAAGUUGCUUCAAAAGAUAUGGAACGAAGAAUCGUAGCCCAGCUUCUAACCUGCAUGGAUGAUCUGAAUAACAUGGGUGCUACAGCUCGGGUGCUAGUCAUUGGAGCUACUAAUCGACCAGACUCCUUAGACCCUGCCUUGAGACGUGCUGGAAGGUUCGACCGAGAAAUCUGCCUGGGUAUUCCUGAUGAAGCAUCAAGGGAACGAAUACUUCAGACUUUGUGCAGAAAACUAAGACUCCCUGAAGCUUUUUCGUUCCGUCAUGUUGCACACCUGACACCAGGCUUCAUGGGAGCUGACCUGAUGGCACUGUGCCGGGAAGCAGCCAUGUGUGCUGUCAACAGGCUCCUUCUCACGUUCCAGGAACAACAGCAGGUGCCAGAGCCAGAGAAUGAGGGUUUGCCUCCUCUUGGGCCCCAUGAAGAGCGGAAUAGGACUGAGCUCACUUCUAAAACUCAGGAUGAGUUGCAGAGGUUGCUGGGGUUGCUAAGAAACCAAGACCCCCUUUCAGAGGAGCAGUUGCAAGGACUGUGCAUCGAGAUAAAUGACUUUACUGUGGCCCUCUCCUCGGUGCAGCCUUCUGCCAAAAGGGAGGGCUUCGUCACUGUCCCUAAUGUGACCUGGGCAGAUAUUGGUGCUUUGGAAGAUAUCAGGGAGGAGCUCACCAUGGCUAUCCUGGCACCAGUUCGUAACCCGGAUCAGUUCAAAGCUCUUGGAUUAGUGACUCCUGCUGGCGUUCUUCUUGCUGGGCCUCCUGGCUGUGGGAAAACACUAUUGGCAAAGGCUAUUGCAAAUGAAUCUGGACUAAAUUUCUUAUCUGUCAAGGGCCCUGAGUUACUAAAUAUGUAUGUUGGUGAGAGUGAGCGAGCUGUGCGGCAGGUUUUUCAGCGGGCUAAGAACUCAUCACCCUGCGUGAUAUUCUUCGAUGAAGUGGAUGCUUUAUGCCCUCGAAGAUCGGACCGCGAGACAGGGGCCAGUGUCCGUGUAGUAAAUCAACUUCUCACAGAGAUGGAUGGUCUGGAAACACGCCAGCAGGUUUUUAUCAUGGCAGCCACUAACAGGCCAGAUAUCAUUGACCCUGCCAUCCUGCGACCAGGCCGCUUGGACAAAACUCUCUUUGUAGGUUUGCCUUCCCCGGCCGCUCGUCUCGCCAUCUUAAAAACAAUCACAAAAAAUGGCACCAAACCCCCACUAGAUACAGAUGUAAAGUUGGAAGCUAUUGCUGCUGAUCUCCGCUGUGACUGCUAUUCGGGUGCAGAUCUUUCUGCUUUGGUACGGGAAGCUUCUCUCUGCGCCCUGAGACAAGAAAUGGCUCGGCAAAAGAAAGAAAAUGAAAAAGGUGAACUCAGAAUUAAUCAGAAGCACUUUGAAGAAGCUUUCAAGAAAGUGAAAUCAUCAAUAUCAAAAAAGGACCAAGUGAUGUAUGAAAUUCUGCAGCAGUCCCUCAGCAGUUGACCUACCCAGCAGCAACUGAGGCCCAGAGAUUGGGCUGGCCAAGGAGCCCAGAUGCCCCCAAGUUGCCUACCUGCAGCUUGACACCAGUAUGGUCUUGUGGAAGCAUCUGUUGUCACAUGAUUGGAGCUAAAGAGGUUCUCACUUGGUCAGACAUGCAUAGAAAGACUCUACCUCCACUUUAAGAAAAGGAAAA